CCCGGGGCAGCGGCUGCGGGGCCGGGGCCGCCGCGCGGGGGGCUGGGGCAGAAGGCCGCGAGGGUGAGGGCUGCGGCACGGUGGGGCUGUUACUGGAGCACUCGUUUGAGAUUGAUGACAGUGCCCACUUCCGGAAGCGGGGCUCGCUACUCUGGAACCCACAGGAUGGAACUUUGUCCCUGUCUCAGCGGCAGCUCAGCGAGGAGGAGCGGGGUCUACUCCGGGAUGUGGCAGCCCUGAACGGCCUGUACCGUGUGCGAGUACCACGGCGCCCAGGGACUCCUGAUGGCCCAGAAGCUGGUGGCUACGUCUCCUCGUUUGUCCCUGCGUGCUCCCUGGUGGAGUCGCACCUGUCGGACCAGCUGACCCUGCACGUGGACGUGGCGGGCAACGUGGUAGGCGUGUCGGUGGUGACGCAGCCUGGGGGCUGCCGGGGCCACGAGGUGGAGGACGUGGACCUGGAGCUGUUCAACACGUCGGUGCAGCUGCAGCCGCCGGGCACGGCCCCCGGCCCCGAGACGGCCGCCUUCAUCGAGCGCCUGGAGAUGGAGCAGGCCCAGAAGGCCAAGAACCCGCAGGAGCAGAAGUCCUUCUUCGCCAAAUACUGGCACCUCAUCCUGGGGGGGGCCGUGUUGCUCACAGCCCUGCGUCCCGCAGCCUCCGGGCCCGCGCCGCCGCCGCAGGGCCGGCCCCUGUGCUCCCUGGGCCUCUACCAGCUGGCCGAGGGUGGCUGCCCAGCCUGGGGAUCCUGCGCCAUCUGCCGCUACCCUCCACGCACCCCUCCGCCACACUGCAGCAGCUCCACACUUCCCUUGGCCCACAGGAUAGCGUCCAGGGUGGCCCUGGGCCGCUGUGACAGCUCUGACUUGUCCCCACCGCCAGCCCUGCACUUGGGGACAGGCUGA